AUGGCUCCUCAGGAAGAGACUCAUGACCUGGGAGGUGGCUCGACAGAAGAGGCUUCAGAACUCUUCACCCAAGAGGUGGGCUGGGAUGGGCCGAGUGAUCCAACGCGGCCGGUGAAUUGGUCGAGGAAGAAGAAAUGGUGGGACAUGGGGAUUAUCUCGUUUCUCACCUUUCUCACACCAUUGACAUCGUCCAUCGUUGCACCGGCCCAGGGGCUUGUGAUGAAUGAUUUCCACUCAACCAACAGGACUCUGGCCUCCUUCGUCGUCUCCAUCUACCUUGUCGGCUUCGCCGUCGGACCGCUGUUCCUAGCGCCACUCUCAGAAAUCUACGGGCGACUUCGCGUCUACCAAGUUGGUACCCUUAUUUUUACAAUCUGGAAUAUCGCAUGCGCUCUCGCCCCUAAUGUCGGUGCGCUCCUGGUCUUUCGCCUGUUCGCCGGGAUCUCUGGCAGCGGGCCAGUCACGUUGGGUGCAGGAUCUGUCGCGGAUAUGUUCGCUCGAGAGGAGCGAGGAGUUGCCAUGGCUAUCUACGGCCUCGGCCCGCUCCUUGGCCCUGUUAUCGGGCCCAUCGCCGGUGGUUACAUUUCCCAGGCGCAAGGUUGGAGAUGGGUUUUCUGGCUGUUAGCCAUUGUGUCCGCGGUUGCGGUUAUUCUUGUCAUUCUCCUCUCCGAAACCUACGAACCGGUUCUCUUGCGGCAAAAAGCAACUCGAAUGAGACGAGAGAACAAAACGGUGGACGUGACAGGACAAGCCCUCAAGCUAGGUUCACGCAACAUUUUCAUCCAGUCUAUAACCCGGCCGACGAAAUUACUUUUCCUCACCCCAAAUGUCGCCUUGUUCUCUCUAUACACAGGAGUGGUGUUUGGCUACCUCUACCUGCUAUUUACCACGGUCACCGAAGUAUACGAGACGACCUAUCAUUUUAGCCAAGGGGCCACAGGACUUGUUUUCAUAAGCAUUGGCAUCGGAGCCCUCAUUGGCAUUUCCGGCUUUGGUGCCCUUUCCGACAGGAUCCAAAACCUGCUCAUCGCACGAAAUAACGGUCAACCAGAGCCAGAAUUCCGACUUCCGCCACUCAUCCCGGGAAGCUUCCUAAUACCCAUCGGGCUCUUCUGGUACGGCUGGUCUGCCCAGCCGCAUAUCCAUUGGAUAAUGCCCAUGAUCGGACUUGGCUGGGUCGGCUGUGGGAUGAUCGCCACCAUCCUCCCCAUUCAAGCCUACCUCGUUGACGCUUUUGGCGAAUAUGCUGCCUCAGCUAUCGCGGCGAAUACUGUCGUGAGAUCCGUUGUUGGAGCCUUCUUGCCGCUUGCUGGGCCUUCGAUGUAUGCUAAGCUAGGGCUGGGAUGGGGCAAUUCCUUGCUUGGGUUGAUCGCUUUGACCAUGUUACCGGUGCCGGUGGUCUUCUACCUUUACGGCAAGAAGAUUCGCAUGAACUCGCGAUAUCAGGUGCUGAAACGAUAA